AUGACGAGUAGCACAUUGGUGGGUCAGCCAAGCCGGCUGCUGCUGCUGCUGCUGCUGCUUUCAACAGGACUCUUGGCUGUUGGUCAUGCUCAAAGUACCACCACACUGCCCCUCUCAGAGGGGUUUCCCGGCGCAUGUACCGCGCGGUGUUCGUCUUACGAGGCGUCUGCGCCAUCUGCCCUGGCCUGCCAAGCAGCCUGCACCCAGCCGACGACCUGUCUCACAACCUGUGACGAAGCCUAUGAGCACGGCACAAACGUGCAUACAGCAUGUUUUGAUGGCUGUGCGCUUGGACGCUGCACCUCCGCCUGUGAGGAGGCCAACUGCACCCUUGUCCAUCAAGCAUGGUCUUGCCCCGCCCAAGCCGGCAGCACCGGGCUUCCCUCCACUACUUCCAAGGCGACCAACUCGAGCACCGCUUUCGAGCUGCAGGAUUACGUCUUAAUCGUCGCCCUGGUGCUGUCCGUCGUCUUGUUGGGUGCCAUUGUCGCCAUGAUCAUUCUUUUUUGCCAACAUCGACAACGGCAAGACUCUUCCUUGGAGAAGAAUAACGAUGACGUGGAAGCCGCCAAGGAUGGCGCCGCAUAUCCAUCCAAAGCUGCGUCGUCCAAUUGUAACGUGUCAGCGGCUGGCAUAGGACUCGCUUCGCUGGCCGCGCUCGAAAGCCAGCUGGAGCUGCUGCAACCUCGACAUAGCAAUGCUUUGCCACGACGUUCAAAAGCUGGGAUUAGCGCCGGGGUCAAGCCACGGGCCAUACCUCGACGCGGAAAGCUUGCCCAGCAUGCUCUCGUGGCCGCCGAGGAGGGAGACGUGUCCCCCGCAACUUCCCACACCGAGCCCGAGCUGGUGGGCGGUGGCUUUAUUGACGAUGAAGCCGUCUCCGCCCUCUAUUCACGGCCCACCCCACGUCGUCAACGCAUCGUGUAUGCCUCUCUUGCACAACUCCGGGCCCGGCCCAGCUCUGCCGGUAGCAUGCGCAUCAUUGGUUCAAACGACGAGCAGUCUGCAUGCGAAUACGCUGACGUUGACUUUCAGCGCACAGCAGAGCUGGCAGACGCCAUCGACGCCAUUCCCGAGCGGCGUGCCCCACCCCACCCCGGCACUCGACUGUCGACGGCAGCAACCACAACUACAACAUGA